AUGGCUAUUUCUGAAAAUCGGGAACCUCUCCAUACUCCCACUGGGAAAGACACAGAGGUACAACACCCUGUUGAGCAGCCUAGUGUGGCACGCAUGUAUGAUUUCUACCUAGGUGGAACCAGCAGUCGUGCCAUUGAUCGUGAUGCUGUGGCCGAAGUGGCUAAAGCGAUGCCUGACUGCUUCGACCUUUGCCUUGAAAAUCGGUCUUUUCUCCGACGCGCAGUACGCUAUAUGGCUAGCCAAGGAGUUACCCAAUUCGUCGACAUUGGCUCCGGUCUUCCCACCGUCAGCAACACCCAUGAAAUCGCCCAGUCAAUCAACCCGGAUGCAAAAGUCCUCUAUGUCGAUAUGGACCCCGCAGUCCUUGAGCUUGGACAGAAGCUGCUAGCACCCAACAAAUCGACCGCUAUCAUCUGCGCCGACAUUCGAAAUCCGCAUGAAGUAUUCGCUCAUCCGGACUUUAAUCGAUUGAUUGAUUCCACGAAACCUAUCGGCAUUUUGAUGAUGUGCGUUGCAUGUUUCUUCACGGAGCCCGAGAUUUCGUCUAUUAUGGGCGAUAUUCGUUCUGUAAUCUGCGAAGACAGUUACGUUGCUGUCACUCAUGACACCUUGGAUGGCCAUAGAAAUGAAAAGGAGAAGAUCGCUAGGGUUCAAAAGAUUUAUAGCGAAACACCGAUUCCGAUAUAUUUCCGCAAUCAUGACGAAGUGUCCAAAAUAUUUGAAGGGCUCCGCCUGGUGGAUCCCGGGGUGGUCAUGUUGGAUGAGUGGCACAUUGGUUUGGACCUCCCAGCACCAGCUGCUGUCAGGUGGCUGUAUGGUGGGGUUGGGAGAAAACAUCAACUCACGAGUCAUGCCGUAAAUUAA